AUGUUCGACUCCAAGAAGAAUGAGAUCGUCCAGCUCGAGCAGACUCAGACUCGUGAUGAGGAGCUCAGGAAGCCUGUGCCUAUUGUCGGCAAGGUGGAUUACUCCGGAGCCUACGAGAAGACUGAUCCCCGAGAGAUUGCGCUUGUCAAGAAGCUCGACAGAUGGAUCAUGCCCAUGUUAUGGAGCAUGUACUGGCUCAACUACCUUGACCGCAAUGCCAUCGCACUAGCCCGUCUUGAUGAUCUUGAGGACGAUCUGAACCUCACCAGCACCCAGUACCAAACAUGCGUGAGCAUUCUCUUUGUAGGAUACCUGCUCGGCCAAAUCCCCAGUAACAUGUUCCUCAACCGAACACGCCCAUCGCGGUAUAUGGGCAUCUGCAUGAUGCUUUGGGCCAUCGUUUCAGCUUUCACAGCCCUCUCGAAAGAUUUCACCGGCCUUCUUCUUACCCGUUUCUUCCUCGGUGUCACAGAAGCGCCCUACUACCCCGGCGCGGUCUACCUGCUCUCCAUGUUUUACACCCGCAAAGAAGUCGCUACUCGUAUCGCCAUUCUCUACACUGGAAACAUCCUCGCCACCGCCUUCGCUGGCCUGAUCGCCGCAGGUAUCUUCCACGGCCUCGGCGACGUCGCUGGUAUCACCGGAUGGCGCUGGCUCUUCAUCCUCCAGGGCGCCGUCACAUUCGUCAUCGCUAUCGUCGGCUUCUUCCUUCUUCCCGACUUCCCGCACAACACAUGGUGGUUGACACAAGAAGAGCGCGAUCUAGCUACCAACCGCAUGGCCCUCGAUACCGUUGGCAACAAGGGAGAGACCUCUGUGUGGGCUGGUUUCCGUCAAGCUGGAAAGGACCCCAUGGUCUGGAUCUUCGCUUUCAUGGCACACAUGCAUCUUGCUGCCAACGGGUUCAAGAAUUUCUUCCCUACUGUUGUCAAGACUCUUGGUUUCAACCGGACUAUCACUCUUGUUUUAACUUGCCCACCGUACCUCAUCGCUGGUGUAGUUACUAUCGCAGUAUCCUGGUCUUCUGGAAAGUUCAACGAACGUACUUGGCACAUUACCAUCUCGAAAGCCGUUGCAACGUUCGGCUUCGGAUUGGCUUGUGCUGAGAUCGGUACCGCGGGUCGCUACGUCGCCAUGAUCAUCUUUACAAUCGGUACUUAUGGUGUCAACUCCUUGAUUCUGGGCUGGUGUGGUUCAACAUGUGGUCAAACACCCGAGAAGAAGGCUGUGGCUAUUGGUAUUGUUACGACGGUUAUGAAUGCUUCUUUCAUUUGGACACCAUAUCUAUGGCCCGAGUCUGAUGGUCCACGCUACAUUAUCGCGCUUAGCUCUUCCGCUGCUUUCUCUAUUGCGACUGCGCUGACGGCGUGGGUUGCGAAGAUUAUCUUCACGCGCAAGAACAAGCAGCUUCGUGAGCAGGACAGUGAGAACAUGACCUUUUACGUGUACUAG